UAAAGUAGGAGGAGCAGUACAAAGACAACCAUUUAGGAUCCAUGUGGUUAGACACAUUACCUGCAGCAGUCAAUCUCUCAGUCUAUUGUAUUAGUUUGAUAUCAUCGGUUUGCAACCAUGCCAAACGCCUCAGAGCAGCGCCCAUACCUGGUUCUGGAGAACUUCAUCGGAGGGAAGUUUAUCCCUAGUUUGAGCCACAUCGACUCCUAUGACCCGUCCAUCGGAGAGGUCUACUGCAGAGUUCCUGACAGCGGCAAGGAGGAGGUGGAAGCAGCGGUGGCGGCAGCUAAAGAAGCCUUCCCCGACUGGUCCGCCCGCAGCCCAGAGCAGCGAGCACAGGUCCUCAACAAGCUGGCCGACCUGUUGGAAGCCCACCUAGAGGAGCUGGCCCAAGCGGAGUCCAGAGACCAAGGUAAAACAGUAACAUUUGCACGGACUGUGGACAUUCCUCGAUCGGCAUACAACUUUCGGUUCUUUGCGUCAUCGUUGCUCCACCACACCACCGACUGCAGCCAGAUGGACCACAUGGGCUGCCUGAACUACACUGUCCGCUGCCCUGUGGGAGUGGCUGGUCUGAUCAGCCCCUGGAAUCUCCCCCUGUACCUGCUGACAUGGAAGAUUGCACCUGCAAUCGCUACAGGCAACACAGUGGUGGCAAAACCCAGUGAGAUGACCUCCGUGACUGCCUGGAUGAUGUGCAAGUUGAUGCAGCAGGCUGGUGUUCCUCCAGGAGUAGUCAACAUCGUAUUUGGCACUGGGCCGAGAGCAGGCGACGCCCUCGUCGGCCAUCCUGACGUCCCAUUGGUUUCCUUCACUGGUUCCACGGCAACUGCCCAGCGCAUCACAGAGCGGAGCGCCCCUUACUGUAAGAAGCUCUCACUGGAGCUAGGAGGUAAAAACCCUGCCAUUAUUUUUGCUGAUGCAAACCUGGACCAGUGCAUCGAGACCACAGUUCGCUCCAGCUUCUCCAAUCAGGGAGAGAUAUGCUUGUGCACCAGCAGGAUUUAUGUAGAGAGGAGCAUUUACUCUGAGUUCCUGGAAAGGUUUGUGGCUGCAGCUAAGAAGUGGAAGACAGGUGUGCCCUCUGACCCAAGCAAUAACAACGGAGCGCUUAUCAGCAAAGAGCACCUGGAGAAGGUUCGAAGCUUUAUUGCACUCGCCAAAUCUGAAGGCGGCGUCGUCCACUGUGGCGAGGGAGUUGACCAGCUGGAACUCCCUGAGCGCAACGCUAAGGGCUACUUUAUGCCAGCCACUGUCAUCUCAGGCAUAUCUGACAGCUCCCGCGUCAUGCAGGAAGAGAUCUUCGGCCCUGUCACCUGCGUCAGCCCAUUCGACACAGAGGAUGAGGCCAUUUCCAAGGGCAACGGUGUGCGUUACGGUCUGGGGGCCACGGUGUGGUCCCGGGAUGUUGGGAAGGUUCACCGGGUGGCCAGGCGGAUACAGGCAGGUAUGGUGUGGACCAACUGCUGGCUGGUGAGAGAUCUGAACCUGCCCUUUGGAGGGAUGAAGAAUUCUGGUGUGGGGAGGGAGGGAGGGAAGGAUUCCUACCACUUCUUCACUGAGGUGAAGACCAUCACGAUCAAACACUGAGGGAGGAGGGAAAGAAAUGGAUUGGAGAAACGUGGAUACAGUUUUGUAGUUAAUCUUGACAUUCAUCAGCCUCUCUCAGCAACUCUUAGGAAUUUCAAUGACAAGUUUCUGCUCCCACCCUCUCGGAUUACUGGAGCCCGUAAUUACGUCACAUUUAUUAAAUAGCCUACAAAGAGUGGAACAAUACAGAUGAAUACAAGCAGAAAUGCAAUAGAAAUGUCAAGUGAAGAGGAAAUAUAUCACAGUGCAAAACAUGCAUACCUUUUGCCUUAGUAGAAUAUUUUUGCAUUUUUGCAAUAUUGAAAUGCAUUGAGUAGCCUAGUGCGUGUUAGGGCUUCAAGUUUGAAAAAGUGCAGACCGGAGAAGGUGAAACCAGAUAAGGCAGGAACUUAUUUAUUGGCCCAUUUCAAAAGUAGAAGUCAAGAGGACAAUUUAUGAAGUUAGCUUAAUCCUAAACAUCCUUUAAAAGUUUACACUGCAGGUUCGUGUCCUGCAUGACGGUUCAGCAAGCAAUUUUGACAAGAGGGCAUGCAAACACUGAUAAUUCAAAUAGAAAAGUGGAAAGGUUAGUAGAGCUAGUAGAGUAUGUGCCUCAGGCUAACCAAAUCCAAAAAGCAAAUCAUUGUCCACUGGUACUUCUGUUUUGUAACACAGCUGUUGUUUAAAUUAAAACACCUUAUAUAAAUGCUA